GUAAUAUAGUUAGUUUGAAGAAAACUGUGAUAUAAUUGUAUAAAAUGGACUAUAAUACAGAAGCUCAAGCGCAGGCGCACAACCUGCUGGGGCAGAAAACUCCGAAACAACCAAAGGUUGUGGAUAACGCGUUGACUAGGACUUUGCGAUCAUGUUGUUUCAUCCCACAACGCUACAUACUCGGUGUGAUGGGGCUCCUUGGUGUCUGCAACGCCUACACUAUGAGGGUGUGCUUGAACUUGGCUAUCACUCAGAUGGUGGUGCCGAUCCACAAGAACGAAUCAGACCCUACUCAGAAUAACACUGAACUAAUAUGCGAAAGCGACCCGAUUCCUGCCAACACUACUGUCUUUAUAAGUCCAUACGCAACACAAACCUGGGACCAGGCCACUCAGGGUCUAAUCCUAAGUGGUUUCUACUACGGCUACGCCGCCACUCAAGUCCCCGGAGGCUAUUUGGCCGAGAAGUGGGGCGGCAAGUGGACCUUGGGCGUGGGUCUCCUGAGCACAGCUCUGUUCACCUUCCUUACUCCGUGGGUCAUCCGUAUGGGUAAUGGAGGCUGGGGUGGGCUGUUUGCUCUUCGUGUGCUUCAGGGAAUGGGAGAGGGUCCCACGAUGCCAGCCCUCAUGAUAAUGCUGGCCAGAUGGGUGCCGCCACACGAGCGCUCGUUCCAAGGCGCCCUCGUCUUCGGCGGUGCUCAGAUCGGCAACAUCUUCGGUUCCUUCAUGUCGGGCAUCCUGUUGUCUGAUGGCCAAGACUGGGCCAACGUAUUCUACUUCUUCGGCGGGUUUGGUCUGCUAUGGUUUGCUUUGUGGAGUUUAUUAUGCUACAGCACUCCCAACACGCAUCCCUUUAUCUCAAAGAAGGAGCUCAGCUAUCUAAACGCCAACGUGACAACGGCAGACCACAAGGCCGCCAAGGACCCGGUGCCAUGGAAGGCUAUACUGAGAUCGUGGCCCGUGUGGGCGUUAGUUUGUGCCGCAGUUGGCCACGACUGGGGUUACUACACUAUGGUCUCAGACUUACCAAAGUACUCUCACGACGUACUCAAAUACAACAUCGCGACUACCGGUGUGCUGACCGCCCUGCCCUAUGCCGCUAUGUGGAUCAGCUCCUUUAUCUUCGGAUUUGUGUGUGACCUGUGCAUUAAAAAGGGAUGGCAUACGAUCAAAACUGGAAGGAUCAUCCAUACAACUAUAGCUGCAACGGGCCCCGCGAUAUGCAUCGUUCUUGCGUCGUAUGCAGGCUGUAACCGGGAUCUCGCCAUAGCCUACUUUGUCCUCUCCAUGGCUUUAAUGGGAGGAUUCUACAGCGGAAUGAAGGUGAACGCGCUAGACUUGGCGCCGAACUAUGCCGGCACGCUGACGUCUCUGGUCAACACCACGUCCACCUUCGCCGGGAUCGCCACUCCCUUCCUUAUCGGACUGUUAACCCCUAAUUCAACUCUAAGCGAGUGGCGCGUCGCCUUCUGGGUGUGCUUCGCCGUGCUGGUCGGCACCAACGUGGUGUACUGCAUCUGGGCGGACGGCAAGCAGCAGUGGUGGGACGAUGUGCGGCAAUUCGGGUACCCGCCGAACUGGAACCACGGCCCGCUUGUCAGAGACACCGUGCCUGACCGGGAAGCCGUUAUGACGAAAAUGACCAGCAAGAGUGGUGACAAUAACGUUUAUUAACGAUUACUCAUUUACAUCAUUGGACAUCAUUAUAAUU